GGGAGCCGCGCGGCCAUGGAGCAACCCGGGGGGCCGCCCGCGCCCGCGCCCGCGCAGGCCGAGCCCGCCGGCCCGCCGCCCGCGCCCCCGCCCCCGCCGCCGCCGCCGCCGCCGCCGCCACCGCCUCCCGCCCGCCCCGCGGCGGCUCCGAGCGCGGCGAACAUGGCGGCGGCGGCGGCGGUCGGGCGGGACACCCUACCUGAGCACUGGUCCUACGGCGUGUGCCGGGACGGCCGCGUCUUCUUCAUCAAUGACCAGCUCCGCCGCACGACCUGGCUGCACCCGCGCACCGGGGAGCCCGUCAACUCCGGCCACAUGAUCCGCUCAGACCUGCCCCGCGGCUGGGAGGAGGGCUUCACGGAGGAGGGCGCCAGCUACUUCAUCGACCAUAACCAGCAGACCACAGCGUUCAGGCAUCCUGUGAGUGGGCAGUUUUCUCCAGAAAACAGUGACUUUAUUCUUCAAGAAGAGCCAAAUCCGCAUAUGUCGAAGCCAGAGAGGAACCAAAGACCGUCCAGCAUGGUCAGCGAAACAUCCACAACUGGGACCAUGUCCACCGUGGAGGCCAAACCUGGCCCCAAGAUCAUCAAGUCCAGCAAUAAAGUCCACAGUUUUGGAAAGAGGGACCAAGCCAUUCGGAGGAACCCCAAUGUUCCGGUGGUGGUGAGGGGUUGGCUGCACAAGCAGGACAGCUCUGGGAUGAGGCUAUGGAAAAGGAGGUGGUUUGUGCUUGCUGAUUAUUGCUUGUUUUACUAUAAAGACAGCCGAGAAGAAGUGGUCCUUGGGAGCAUUCCUCUGCCCAGCUACGUCAUAUCGCCGGUGGGCCCUGAGGACCGCAUAAGUCGCAAGUAUUCCUUUAAGGCUGUGCACUUGGGGAUGCGAGCGCUCAUCUAUCACUCCUCCGCCGGGGGCUCUCACGCCGAGCAGUCGGGCAUGAGGACCUACUACUUCAGUGCCGACACCCAGGAGGACAUGAACGCCUGGGUCCGGGCCAUGAACCAGGCUGCGCAGGUGCUGUCUCGGUCGACGCUGAAGAGGGACCUGGAGAAGCUGGAGCGGCAGGCAGUCCCCCAGGUCAACCACGCAGAGUCCUGUCAUGAGUGCGGCCGCGUGGGACCCGGACACGCGAGGGAUUGUCCUCAUCGCCGCCACGAGGACUCCUACGGCUACGAGAGGCGGGAGCAAGAGGAAGAACGGUACCGUUCCCACCCAUCCGAGGGCAGGAGGGACAGGAGCAAGACCAGGUCCCCGUACUCGCCGGCUGAGGAGGAUGCCUUAUUCGUGGAUUUACCCGGCGGCCUGCGAGGCCAGCAGGCACAGCCCCAGAGGGCAGAGAAGAAUGGCAUCGCGUAUGGCCCAGGAGAGCAGAAUGGGACUGGCGGAUACCCGCGGGCCUUUCCUCCCAGGACCAGCCAUGAAAAGCACAGCCAGAGGAAGAGCAGCCUGGCCCAGGUGGAGCACUGGGCGAAGUCCCAGAAGGGUGAUGGCAGGAGCCUCCCCCAGGACCAGACCCUUCCUCGCCACGGGCCCAGCCAGCCCCUGUCCUUCCCGGAAAGCUACCAGACGCUUCCCAGGAGCACCCGUCACCCCUCGGGGAGCUCCUCGCCUCCUCCCCGCAACCUGCCGAGCGACUACAAGUACGCGCAGGACCGAGCCAGCCACCUGAAGAUGUCGAGCGAGGAGCGCCGGGCACACCGGGACGGCACCGUGUGGCAGCUCUACGAGUGGCAGCAGCGCCAGCAGUUCCGGCACGGCAGCCCCACGGCGCCCAUCUCCCCGGAGUUCCCCGAGCAGGGCCGCAGCAGGAGCAUGCUGGAGGUGCCCCGCUCCAUCUCCGUGCCUCCGUCUCCCUCCGACAUCCCUCCCCCGGGCCCCCCGCGGGCCUUCCCGCCCCGGCGGCCGCACACGCCCGCGGAGAGGGUCACCGUGAGGCCGCCGGACCAGAGGAGGAGCGUGGACAUCUCAUUGGGCACUUCUCCCAGGAAGACCUGGGGCCACGCCACCAAGAACUCCUCGCACGUGGACCGGCGCUCCAUGCCCUCCAUGGGUUACAUGACCCACACUGUCAGCGCUCCCAGUUUACACGGAAAAUCGGCCGAUGAUACCUACCUCCAGCUGAAGAAAGACCUGGAAUACCUGGACCUAAAGAUGACAGGCCGGGACCUUCUCAAGGAUCGAAGCCUGAGACCCAUGAAGAUUGCCGAGAGUGACAUUGACGUCAAGCUGAGCAUCUUCUGUGAACAAGACAGGAUCCUCCAGGACUUGGAAGACAAGAUACGCGCCCUCAAGGAGAACAAGGACCAGCUGGAGUCCGUGCUGGAGGUGCUGCACAGACAGAUGGAGCAGUACCGAGACCAGCCCCAGCACCUGGACAAGAUCGCCUGCCAGCAGAGGUUGCUGCAGGAGGACCUGGUCCACAUCCGGGCGGAGCUCUGCAGAGAGUCCACUGAGAUGGAAAACGCCUGGAACGAAUACCUGAAGCUGGAGAGCGACGUGGCGCAGCUGAAGCACACCCUGCAGGAGCAGCACCGACGGGCCUUCUUUUUCCAGGAGAAAUCGCAGAUACAGAAGGAUCUCUGGAGGAUUGAAGAUGUCACCGCAGGCCUGAGUGCGAACAAAGAGAACUUCAGAAUCCUGGUGGAAUCGGUCAAAAAUCCCGAGAGAAAAACAGUGCCUUUGUUUCCUCACCCGCCUGUGCCUUCACUCUCGACGUCGGAGAGCAAGCCACCCCCGCAGCCCAGCCCUCCCACCAGCCCAGUGCGGACCCCGCUGGAGGUUCGGCUCUUCCCUCAGCUGCAAACCUACCUGCCCUACCGGCCUCACCCGCCCCAGCUGAGGAAGGUGACGUCUCCUCUCCAGUCACCGACCAAGACGAAGCCCAAAGUUGAAGACGAGGCGCCGCCCAGGCCCCCGCUCCCUGAGCUCUACAGCCCGGAGGACCAGCCUCCCGCCGUGCCGCCUCUGCCCCGGGAGGCCACCGUCAUCCGGCACACCUCCGUGCGCGGCCUCAAGCGGCAGUCGGACGAGAGGAAGCGAGACCGGGAGCAGGGGCAGUGCGUGAACGGGGACUCGAGGGGGGAGCUCCGGUCCUACGUGAGUGAGCCCGAGCUGACCACGUUCGGCGGGGACGUGGCUCAGCCUCCCCUGGGGGCCGUGGGCUCUGAGAGCAGGUACCAGACGCUGCCCAGCAGAGGGCUCUCGGGGUCCACAUCGAGGCUCCAGCAGUCGUCCACCAUUGCGCCCUACGUCACCCUCCGGAGGGGCCUGAAUGCCGAAGGCAGCAAGCUGAGCUUCCCCAGACCCAAGAGUGCCUUGGAGCGUCUGUACUCAGGGGACCACCAGCGGGGCAAGAUGAGCGCGGAGGAGCAGCUGGAGCGCAUGAAGCGGCACCAGAAGGCCCUGGUCCGGGAGCGCAAGAGGACGCUGAGCCAAGGGGAGAGGGCGAGCCUGCCCUCGUCUCGCUACCUCGGCCACCCGCUCCCCGGAGACCUUGGCUCAUGGAAGCGCGAGCAGGACUUUGACCUGCAGUUGCUGGACCGCGCCGUGCAAGGGGAGAGGAAGGACGAGGAGGAGAAUGGCUGGUUGAAAGUGCAGGCCGUGCCUGUCACUGAGUUGGACCUGGAGCCGCAAGACUAUGACUUGGACAUCAGCAGAGAGCUGUCCAAACCAGAGAAGGUCUCCAUCCCAGAGCGCUACGUGGAUCUGGAUCCCGAGGAGCCGCCCAGCCUGGAGGAGCUGCAGGCCCGGUACCGGAAAGCCGAGAAGAUCCGCAGCAUCCUCACCCGGUCCAGCAUGUGCAACCUGCAGCCGGCCGCGGGCCAGGACCGGAGGAACAGCGUGGCCGACCUGGACUCGCAGAUGCAGGAGCAGGAGCGCAUCAUCAACAUCUCCUACGCCCUGGCCUCCGAGGCCUCCCAGCGCAGCAAGCAGGUGGCAGCCCAGGCGGUGACUGACCCGUGACCGGCGCACGGAGGAGAAGCCGGCAGCCGGGGUCCCGUGGAACCAGCCUGCGCUGAGAGAAGAUGGACUUCUCUUCCCCCAAGAGAACCCCUCCCAGCUGAGCAGGGGUUCUGGCUGGAGGAGGGGGCAGCCCACCAGCUGGGGGUGUGUCCCCCACAGGGCUGGGUCCCCCUUCCCUCGCCUUGCGUUCAUUGACUCCUCUGGACAUGAAUGACGCACCUUUGAUACACACUGUAAAAUACGGACACUGUAUUUUAGAAUCAGGAUGCAUUUUCUAAUGUUCACCUCAAGGGCUGAGUGGCUGGGAAGGCGAGGGUGCGGGAUGUGGGGCUGCACGCGCAGAUCCGGAUGCCGUUGGGUGGCAGGGGUGGGGGGGAGGCAGGUUGGUCACCGAUGAACUCAGGUGAAGGCUGGGUCAGAGACUGUGCUCCGGGGGCUCUGCCCUGGAGGAGGGGCCCUGAGCUGCAGAGCUCAGCUGUCCCCGCCCUGGCCGGCUGACCGGCUCCAGAGCAGAGACUCCACCAGGAUGGCACGUGGAGCCCGAGUCUGUGCCUUGGCCCUUGGGCUUGGUUUCGGGAAACGGUGAGUUCAAGGGCUUUGGCUCCCGGUCCCCCUCAGGAGGUUCUCUCAGCGAAGGGCUCUUCUCAGAAAGAAAAAAAGGGGUUUGCUUUCCUUUAAAAAAAAAUUUACUUUGAAACACAGGAAAGGUGAGAGGAAGCACCUUCUGUUGUAUCGUAAGCAAUAAACUCCACACUGGGUGGCAUCUACCCAACACCACUUGACCCCAGGCCAGGCUGGUGUCGGAAUCUGGGACCUUUGCCGGCCACCUCUGGAGAACCGAAGUCAACUUUCCCAGGACUGGGCCGGGUGGCGAGGGGGCUGGCAGUGUGCCCCGCGGUCCCUGCUGGCUGCCAACCGGCAGGGCACAAUGGCAGGACCUUAACUUGACUUCCAGCCCCAGGUGAGGAGGGGGCUGCCAAGCUAGGCGUAGUGUUGGUGCCCUUUACCCAAGUCAUGAGCUCAUGGCAUUCUGCAUACAGAAAGCGAUGUUUAAAGGAAAAAAAACAAAACAAAAAUACACACAAAACCAUCCGGUGGAGCCACACUUUCAAUGAAAAUUGGUCUUUGUGGACAGAAAAAAACGUCUUGAAUAUAUUUAGGAGUUGCCGUCUAUUUUUAACUAACUCCAUAUGCUGCCAGUAUCGACGUCACAACAAUUGCCAAAAUAAGAUUUUAUUUUUGCCUUUAUAAAGAUUUUGUUGGAAAAAAAAUGAAAUGAAUAUUUUGCAAG